UGACUAGCCCAGCUCUAAUAGUGUCACCACCUCUACAAAACAAAUUCCAAGGUGUAAUUGUUUAUACCGAAAUGUCCAACCAGGAGACCCAGGUUUCCAGCCUGCCGAUGCCGCCGGAGCGGUACAUCGCCAACUACACAGAGGAGAACAUCCGGCGCAACCGAGCGCCCCGCCCACCGCCGCCGCCCUCGCAGCACGAAGUGUACAGCAUGUUUGGUAUCCAGUACAACAACGAUGAGAUGAUCCGGAGUCUCGAGUCCCAGAACAUUAAGCGCCUAAUCCCCAUCCACUUCGACCGGCGCAAGGAGCUCAAGAAGCUCAACCACUCGCUGCUGGUCAACUUCUUGGACCUCAUCGACUUCCUUAUCCUGAAUCCUGACAGUCCGCGACGCACUGAGAAGAUAGACGAUCUGAGUCUGCUAUUCGUUAAUAUGCAUCACCUGCUGAACGAGUUUAGACCUCAUCAGGCAAGGGAAACACUACGCGUCAUGAUGGAAAUGCAGAAGCGGCAGCGCGUGGAGACCGCCACCCGUUUCCAAAAGCACUUGGAGCGAGUGCGGGAGAUCGUGAACACUGCCUUCUCAGCGCUUCCGGUUUUGGGGGAUGAUGACGAGAGUGGUGGGGCAAAGAUUAAGACGGAGGUGGAUCCCUUGGAGGCAAACGCAGCGGCAAAGAAUGACCCCAGUUACCAGCACGAUCGUAUGCUGUGCAAACUCGUGGACGCCAUCGAAUGAGCAGGCAGAAGGCUGGACUUUGGUGACACUAGAGAUUGUGUCAAUCAUUGUGAACGGUUUGGAAAAACGAGCUCCUCAUAUUUAUAACUGCUUUUAGUGUAAGAAAUAAAAACCCCAAUUGUGUGAUGUGCAUCUUCCA